CUCCUGUCGGAGGCCUUGGUUGGCCCGCGCGAGUGGGCGUGGAGAGUGACGGCGGGGCUGGGUGAGGGUGCAUGGGGACCUGGAUAUGAGCCGCAGGAGCUCAGCUCCGCCGACCUUGCCGCGCCGCGCCGGCAACCACGAUGGAGAAUAGGUGCUACGGCUGCGCUGUCAAGUUCACCCUCUUCAAGAAGGAGUACGGCUGUAAGAACUGUGGCCGGGCCUUCUGUUCCGGCUGUCUUAGCUUCAGUGCAGCGGUUCCCCGGGCUGGAAACACCCAACAGAAAGUCUGCAAGCAGUGCCAUGAGGUUCUGACCAGAGGAUCUGCUCCUGCCAAUGCCUCCAAGUGGUCACCACCUCAGAACUAUAAGAAGCGUGUGGCAGCCUUGGAAGCCAAGCAGAAGCCCAACACUUCCCAGAGCCAUGGACUGACCCAGCAAGACCAAGUCAUUGCUGAGCGCCUAGCACGGCUCCGCCAGGAGAACAAGCCCAAGUCAGUGCCCUCGCAGGCAGAGAUAGAAGCCAGGCUAGUUGCACUGAGGGAUGCACCCCAGGGUUCCAUCCCUUCCACCCAGGAGAUGGAGGCACGGCUUGCUUCACUGCAGGGCAGAGUUCCACCUUCUCGGACCCCCCAGCUGGCACAUCAGCCACCAGACACCAGGACCCAGGCCCAGCAGGCACAGGAUCUGCUGACAGAGCUAGCAGCGGAGGUGGCUAUUGAUGAGAGCUGGGAACGAGGAGGCCCAGCCGCCUCUAUCCAGAAUGACCUCAACCAGGGGGACCCAGGGGCCCAGAGCACCAGCUGCAAGGGACAGGCCACCUGGUCGCUGGAGGAGGAGAAGAGGAGGCUGCUGGCUGAGGCAGCAGUCACGCUUCGGGAGGAGAACACAAGGCAGGAGCGGAUCCUGGCCCUCGCCAAGCGCCUGGCCGUGCUGCAGGGACGCGACCCCGAUAGAGUGACCCUACAGGACUACCGCCUUCCAGACAGUGAUGACGAAGAGGAUGAGGAGACAGCCAUCCAGAGAGUCCUUCAGCAGCUCACUGAAGAAGCUGCCCUGGAUGAGGCAAGUGGCUUUAACAUCCCUGCAGAGCCAGCUCUCCGACCCCAAGCCCAAUCCUGCAGGGCAGAGCCUGAGGUUCAGGCCGUGGCCACCAGGCCUGAGGCUGAGGAAGAGGAGCUCCCCUGGUGCUGCAUCUGCAAUGAGGAUGCCACCCUGCGCUGUGCUAGCUGUGACGGAGACCUCUACUGUGUCCGCUGCUUCCGGGAAGGCCAUGAUGCCUUUGAACUUAAAGAGCACCAGACAUCUGCCUACCACCCCCAGCAUAAAAGCCGAGAGCACUGAGGGAACCCUGGUCCUCCCGGAAAGGCCAUCCAACAGGAGUCACACAAGCUGAGGUGCCCUCCAGGGCAUCUGAUGGGAGAACAUGUCAGGCUAGACUGCUUAUGAAUGCGCCCUUUCCUGAGCCUCCGUCCCUGGAAGGAGGAAGGAUUCUCCAUUGGAGACGAUGACUGGAGGAGCCAGAGGGAAGGCAGAAGUCUGGAGCCUCCAGCAUUGAAGUCUGGACUAGGAGUGAGAGGCAUGAUGGGAAAGACCAGCCUGAAUCCAGGGAGGAGUCCUGAAACUUGCUCAAGGGUCCAGGGCCCUCUACUGGCACUUAGAGCAUUUAAUAAAGUAUGUUGAUUCAUUGGA